AGUUCAAUGCACAGUUCAAUGUAGGUAAAUUGAGAGAAUUAUAUUUUCACGUUGUUGAUUGUGUGUGGAUAUUUUAUUGUUUAUAUUUUAAGUUGAAACCGACUAUAAAAUAACCGCGUGUGUUUGUUAAUGAUAAAAUCCAAGUUUUUUUACUGUUCUGUGUUUGUUGAAUGUUAUGGGAAUUUUUAAAUGUCAACAUGAACAGCUGAUCAUAACACAUCAAAUUAAAUUAGUCGAUUUCGAUACAUAGGUGCCUUGUUAAUUGUUAUGAGUAUGCUUAUUUAAAAAUAAUCUAUAUACCAUUCAAAAUGUUGUUAUCAGUGAUUAAGUGUAAACUUGUUUUUGUUUUUAUAUUAUUCACGGUGAAAAGCAGUAACGGUCUAAAUGCCACAACGAUUGUCCUAAACAAAACUCUAACAUGGGAAAACAAAGAACUGUACAACAGUUUUAUAAUCCUCAAAGCGAAUUCCACACUGCAAGUCAACUGUGUGAAUGAAAAUUUGAAUAUUUCCUUCAUAACGUUCCAAGUUCAUAGUCACUUGUAUAAUAUAACUCUGUAUAACACAACUAAUGUGUACGGGUCGUCUGUAUACGGUACCAAUGUUGGAUUAUACAGUGCUGUUAUACCGAAAAUCGAUACGUUUUUUAUCAUGAACCAAAAUGAAAUUGAUCUUAGAGUGCACAUUUCUGUACAUGGAUACAAUAAAUAUGACCCUAUUCCCGGUGGCUGCAACAUGGAGUUUCCAGUACCCAUAUCGCCUUAUCUACGAGCAAAAUAUAACACAGAUUAUAUUCUAGUCGAUGCAGCGCCAGCUAAAGACCCCAUAGAUGACGAAUGCAACACUACUGACAAAUUAGUGAUGCUAUUUUACAAAAUGUACUUGCCAGAACAAAAUUUCGAUCCGAAUGUCUAUUUUGAGGGUAUUCGGCAAAUGAUGACGUUGGAGUACAUUCAGAGCUAUGGGGAAUAUGUCCCCGACAACGGUCUGCACAACCGUCGGAUGCUAAGCGCUUACCCCGGCGUGGGGUCCAUAUACGUGGCGAUAGCGUUCAGUGCUGUCAACACUAGCGCAUAUUCGGUGUAUGUGCCCACGUAUAGUUACGCUUGUGACCCCUUGGUAGAUGGCGAUUGUGAGGUUUUCGAUGACGCUCUCUCGCAAUUAAUAUGUGCAUGUCUACUGUUCGUUGGAUUGUUUGUCUGUUACUUCGGACACAGGUUUUUUAAGACGGAAAUGUUCUUAAUCGGACUUGUAAGUGGUGGUAUUGUGACAUACGUUUUGAUAGCUUUAAUGGCCGAUUUGACUAGACCAGCUCUCCUGGGAGCAUCAAUACUAUCGGGCAUGUGUUUUGGCGCGAUAUGGUUGUUGUUCUGGUGGUUCUACGGUAUACCAGUUCUGGCUGUGUUCCUGGCAACCCUGGAUGUUGGGUUCUUAUUCUCUGCUAUUAUAUAUUAUGGAUUGCCAGGUGGUCUCAUAGCUCUCGAAUCGGACGUAAACUUCUGGACGCUUUUCAUAUGCAUCAUGCUCAUAACGUCCCUACUUCUCGUCUCUAUGACGUUCCUCUCGAACAUUCUAUGCUGCGCCAUACUCGGCGCGUACGCGGUUGUGUACUCUAUGGACUACUACUUAGGGUCCAAUUUGAAGUACAUCAUCAUCAAUACGAUUCGACGCGCUGUAGUGCCGAAAUUCAAUAGGGCUGUGCUGUCGCCGCCGUUUGAGUGGAAUGAUUCCUUAAUAUCGCUCCUCUGGAUAGCGCUGGUUAUAUCCGGUUUCCUGUUCCAACACUUCCACAACUAUGGAAGGCCUCCGUUCCCGCCGCCGCCCAGGAGUGUAAGACCUAGCAUGCCUAGGUCAAUGUAUGGUACCACGGGUCCUAGGAGUGGACGGAAUCCCCACAUUUCACGUCUGCCCAGAAGCACGGUCAUCACUGAGAGAUCUGCAUUAUUGGCGUAAAGAAACAUUAAAAUUAUUACCUUUACCAUUCCUUAUCCUAUAAAAACUAUAUAUUUAAAUUAUCUUAUAAAAAUUGCCAAAAGAUAGCCAGACGUAUGAACUUUGUAUGUAAUUAUUAAACUAUCUCUUUCUGUCAAAUGUAUCUUUCAUAAGAGUAAGAGAGAUGGCUAGAUAGUUUCUGCGCAAUCGUAAGAUAUAGUUCUGAAUUAGGAUAUUUUUAUUCUUUCUUUUUCUAUACCUUUUUUCACAUUUUGUAUCUAAAGUAACACAGACAAAACGAAAGAUAAUUGAAAUUGGGAAUGUGUUACAUGCAUUUUUUUAAUCACUUUUUAUAUUUUUUUAGCGCCAGAAAAUAUGCCAUCGUAUUUAUGGGCUAAUAUCUCAUGAACUAUCGGAAUUUACUAUAUAUUUAAUACUCCUAUACAAUAUAACCUAAAAAUAUUAUAUUCAUAUACUUAAUACUUUAAGUAGAUUCACGUCUUCACGAUGCUCGAAAUUUAUGUAAAAUUAUUAACCAAUAAAUUCAGAUUCAUAAUAUAAUUAUCUCAUCUAUAAUAUAAAAAUGAAUCGCAAAAUGUGUUGAUAAGCGUAUAA